AUGGCUCACAGCGACUCUGAAGGAGAAACUAUUGAUGACCUCGAAUUCGAGACAAGAACAACGGAUGCCGAUGCCGAGGAAGAGAACGAUAUCGACGAGGACCUGCUGGGCGCCUUGGAGAAUGGUGUAGAUGAAGCAACAGACGCAGAUGAGGACUCCCCUUCGGACGACUCAGAAGACGAGGAUGACGAGGAUGAGGAGUCAGAUCCUCUUGUUGAAGCUCAUCUAGAUGUAAUACCUCAAGUUCACCAGCGAUCACCAUCCCCUGCAAGUGUUCGAAAGAAGGCACUAGCGUUCCCAUCGUCUCACAGCGAACUACCCCCGCGAACUUUCACAGUGGAAGCAAUAUGCGCUAUACCCCACCCGGUCCCUACACAUGCCCUUGCUUCGUCCUUCUGCAUGACACACCUCCUUACCGGUUCGGAUGACGGAUUCAUUCGCGACUACGAUAUCUUCGCCGCGGUCAACGGGAAGACCACGCUAACGGCACCUCAGAGGCAUCACUGCAACGUCGUCGAGGGAAACAUGAAAGCCGGUCAAAUACGGUGUUGGUGGGAAAACUCUGAUUAUGUUCCUCAAUCGGUGUAUCCUCCGAUGGGUGAUUCUUCUCCAUGUCCCGUUUAUAGUCUGGCAAUGCAUUCAGAUGCAGUUUGGGCUCUAGGAGGAACUAACCGUGGUCACAUCAAUCUCUUUACAGUGCGACAUGAUCCGGGCCGCUUGGUUCAUGUCCUGGCGAACGGACACCGAGGACCUAUUUCAGCUCUUUCUAUUGAUCAUGAUGAGAAAGGCUUCUUCAGCGCGGGGUGGGAUGGUGAAGCAACCCAAUGGGAUUUGAACACAGGGCAAGUAAUCCGAAAGUUUACUGCCCACGGCGCGCAGCUUGUUGCUAUUGCUAUUCGACCACUCAGCUCCCCAUACUGUUCUGACCCUGUAUCAUCCGCGGGAAGCUAUGGUUCCUACCGAAGCUUGGUAUCACAAUCAACUAGGGAGAAUGAUAUUUCCAGGGGCGUCAACACGGAGCCACCGACUCUCGCUGACGCGCAAUUCCAGCAAGCAUCAAGCGUCUCUAUAGAUUCUCUUUCGAACCACAAAAUACAAGACGCAGAUGCUAAAUCUGAUGCUUCCUUUGAUCCCUUGUUUGACGGUGAACCAGAUGCCGAUGGCGAAUUCGAUAAUGAGAACCCACCUCCAAAUGAAUUCGGGGCAAUCCGUUCUCAGGCUCCACAAAGGGACGGGCUAUUUGCAGGCAAUAAGUCGAACCUGGCCGUCCCUGAUGUGGCACAUCACCCUGGGCAACAGCAGGCAGCACGGUCACCUCAAAACUCCGUUGCACCUCCGAAAAACGCUCCACCUUUGCUACAUGCUUCCAACAGUUCAACGUUUUCUCCUGAUAUUCUAAUGAUUGCCGCAAUCGAUGGACAGAUUAUGCUUUGGGACAAACGGGUCAAUACACCAGGAACGGGUGUCGGAAGACUCUGGAUGAGUGAAAAGACUCCACCGUGGUGUGUUUCUGCUUGUUGGUCCACGGACGGGUCGCACAUUUACGCUGGGCGCCGAAACGGAACGGUCGAUGUUUGGGAUGUCCGAUUGCUCGGUCGCUCUGCUCCAAAUUGUACACCGAGACUGCUGAAGAGUCUUCGAAAUCCACCGAGUUCGGGUGUUGUCUCGUGUGUGGUGCCGUUCCCUGAUGGCCGCCACAUCGCAUGUGCGUCGACAGAUAAUAUCCGUUUGUGGAAUGCUGCAGAUGCAGGUGAAGUCGAUGGAAGCAUGAAAUUGAGGGGUGGAGUCCAAUUCAAGAUCAUUCCAGGUCAUCACGGGGGCUAUGUUUCUCAGAUGCUUGUAGAUCCGGGUGCUCGUUUCCUUGUGAGUGCUAGCAGUAACCGUGGGUGGCAUGGGGAUUCUACUCGUACCGUAUUUGUGCAUGACAUCAAGCCAAUACGAUAA